AUGAUACUAUUAUUUCAAACAAUCAUACAAUAAGAAAACGACGACAAAUCAAAUACAAAAAAGUUUGAUAUUUCCAAUUGCAAUAAGUGAUCAAGAGUUGAAGACUAAUAUACCAAAAAUUUCUCAAAUGUCGAUCUUACACAUCCCAAAAAAAGACUAGUAAGCUAUUUAAGAUAAAGUUAAAAAAGAACCAAACAUAAUCUCUUAGCUCCAACAAACACGAUAUCAAAGAAAGCAAUGGUUAUGGCUGUGGUUUCUCUAUUUCUCUUCUCCUUCUUAUUCACUUUAUCAAGUGGAGAAAUCUCAGGGCAACCAGGAGUGAACUAUGGACAACUAGGAAACAAUCUUCCAACACCAAAAACCUCAAUAUCUCUCAUCAAAAAUCUAAAAGCAAAACGAGUCAAAAUCUAUGACGCAAACCCACAAAUCCUCAAAGCCCUCGAAAACACUGGACUACAAGUAUCCAUCAUGAUCCCAAAUCAACUCAUAACCGACAUAUCCUUAAACCAAACACUCUCAAACCAAUGGGUCCAAUCCAACCUCGUACCCUUUUACCCAAAAACACUCAUUCGUUAUCUUCUUGUCGGUAACGAACUCAUUUCAUCCACAACAAACCAAACAUGGCCCCACAUUGUACCCGCGAUGCACCGAAUCAAAAACUCCCUAACUAACUUUGGUUUGCAUAAAGUCAAAGUUGGAACUCCUUUAGCAAUGGACAUUUUACAAACAUCGUUUCCACCUUCAAACGGCAUUUUUAGAAACGAUAUUGCGUUUACCGUUAUCAAACCCAUGUUGGAGUUUUUAAACAUAACUAACUCUUUUUUCUUCUUAGAUGUAUACCCGUUUUUUUCUUGGGCUUCGGAUCCUAUUAAUAUUAACUUGAAUUAUGCUAUUUUUGAAUCCGAUAAUAUCACGGUUACGGAUCCGAAUACGGGUUUGGUUUAUACUAAUUUAUUUGACCAAAUGGUGGAUGCGGUUUAUUUUGCAAUGGAGCGGCUUGGGUUUUCGGAUAUUCGGAUAUUUAUUGCUGAAACGGGUUGGCCCAAUGGUGGUGAUUUGGACCAAAUUGGCGCGAAUAUUUACAAUGCUGCCACGUAUAAUAGAAACUUUGUGAAAAAAGUUACGAAAAAACCUUCGGUUGGGACACCGGCUCGACCGGGUUCAAUUAUUCCGUCUUUUAUUUUUUCUUUGUAUAAUGAGAACUUAAAACCGGGAUUGGGAACAGAACGUCACUUUGGGUUAUUGUAUCCGAAUGGGUCAAGUGUUUAUGAAAUUGAUCUUUCUGGAAAGACACUGGCGUCGGAGUUUAAGCCGUUGCCGCCACCAGAAAAUUAUAAAGGGAAGGCGUGGUGUGUGGUAGCGGAGGGAGCCAAUGAGACAGCAGUGGCGGAGGCGUUGUCAUAUGCUUGCUCGCAGGGAAACCGUACAUGUGACCCGGUUCAACCCGGAAAACCGUGUUUUGAACCGGUUUCGGUGAUAGGUCAUGCUAGUUAUGCGUUUAGUUCUUAUUGGGCUCAGUUUAGGAAUGUGGGUGGAACUUGUCAGUUCAAUGGUCUUGCCAUUCAAAUCGCAAAGGAUCCAAGCUAUGGAUCUUGCAAGUACCCAAGUGUGACUCUUUAAUGAAGCCAACGCGAAUAUGAUCAAAUCAGCCAAUAGAAUUUUUAAAUAUAUUAUUGUGUCUUUUCGGGAAUAACAAGAAUAAUUGUCGUAUAGGCUAACAUUAUGAAUAGCAAGAAUAUAUUAGGAUAUACAUACAUUGAAAAACAGCCAAUGGAAUUUUUUAAUUUUGCAUUGAAAAACAAGUUGUAAGAUUCAAAAGCCAAACAAUGCAUGCUCUGUUUGUUUAAUAUUCAAUUAAAUGGUAAGUUAAGGAAAUGAAACUUAGAACUUGUAUCAGCCUUCUAGCAAAUGUUAAGAACUUGAUUUAUGA